AUGCGCCGUGUUAUCCAGCGAUGUUCUGCAUCCAUCCUUCGAGUGUCGACGACGAGCAGUAAUGUCUCAUGCAGUCUCGUCCUCCGACGAAAUGCUCUACAACACAUAUCACAACCGAGUCGCAUAGCCUCAAGAAGUCUCCAUCAAACCUCGCUACUCCGGCAACAAGUAGCCGCAGCAGCAGAGGAUGGCGACAGCGAUGCGCCACCACAAAUCACUCGCUUCGACGAGCUCGGGACGGAAGGCAUCAUCCAUCCCACCAUCGUGCGGACGCUCACCCGGAACAUGGGCAUGGAGACGAUGACCGAGGUACAGUCAGCCACCAUCAACGAGGCAUUGGGCGGAGCAGACAUCAUCGCGCAAGCCAGAACAGGCACAGGCAAGACCCUGGCUUUCCUUCUCCCCGUCCUACAGAACAUCAUCUCCGUCGACCCACAACUAGCUGAGCGAGGCUUCUCAAGACGCGGACCCCGAACAACAGCGGACGACAUCCGAGCUCUGAUCAUUUCACCCACGAGAGAGUUGGCGGAGCAGAUUGCGGAAGAGGCGAAGAAGCUGGUCAGCGGGACUGGCAUCGUCGUGCAGACUGCUGUGGGUGGCACACAGAAGAGGGCGGGUCUGCAGGCGAUACAGCGACAAGGAUGUCAUAUCUUGGUCGGCACACCAGGACGAUUAAAGGAUAUCUUGUCGGAUGAGUAUAGCAGAGUUGAAGCACCCGACCUUAGCGCCCUGGUCUUCGAUGAGGCUGACAGACUGCUGGAUCAAGGUUUCUGGCCGGAGAUCCAGGAAAUCAUGCGUAUGCUCCCCACAGCUGCCGAGAAGGACAGGCAGACACUCAUGUUCUCCGCUACCGUGCCAAAGGAGGUCGUCACACUAGUCCGCAGCACCCUCAGACCUGGCUUCCAUUUCGUAAAGACUGUGCGUGAUGAUGAAGAACCAACACAUACUCGUGUGCCUCAACGGAUAGUCACAGUCAACGGCUUCGAGAACAAACUCCCCGCCCUCGUCGAGCUCGUCAACAAAGGCAUCGCAGCCUCCCAACAACCAGACGGCAAACCCUUCAAAGCCAUCGUCUACUACAACAGCACCGCCGAAGUCGCCCUAGCCGCCUCCGCACUCCAAAACAUGAAACCCGCCGGUACCCUCGAAGAAGACCAAGACGCCUUUGGGAGCCGCCGAUCUCGUCAUCCAUGGGCCAUGCCAAUAACCGACAUCCACUCCAAACUCUCCCAAGGCCAACGGCAAAAAGCCUCGGACAACUUCCGCCGCGCCGAAACCGGCAUCCUCUUAUCCUCCGACGUAACAGCCCGCGGCAUGGAUUUCCCAAACGUCACCCACGUCAUCCAAAUGGCCAUCCCCCCGAGCCGCGAACAAUACAUCCACCGCAUCGGGCGCACCGCACGAGCAGGAAAGGAAGGAGAAGGCUGGCUCAUCGUCUCCUCAGACGAAGCGACCGAAGUCCGACACCGCUUACACAACCUCCCCCUCCAACCCGACAAAACCCUCACCUCCGCCCCCAUCGACCUCACCCGCCCCGGCCAAAUCCCGGCCUCCGCAAGCCAAGCCCUCGAAAUGAUCCGUCACGGUAUGCGCGCCGUCCCCGCCGUGGAGAAAAUAAAGGCCUAUCAAGCUCUCUUGGGGGUGUACGCCUGGCUAGGGAAUAAGCGGGUGCUGGUGAAGAGUAUGAACAACUUGGCGCAGUAUGGAUGGGGCAUGCAGGAGCCGCCGAUGAUUCAUGCGGGGCUUGCGCAGAAAUUGCGGAUUGAUCGGAUCGAGGGGGUGAGGAUUGGGCAUGAGAGGGCGUUGGAUGAGGAGGAUUCGAGGGGAUCUUCUUCGGGUGGACGAGGGGGUGGUGGGAGGAGUUUUGGCGGGAGGGAGGGGGGAUUUGGAGGGGGAGGUGGUGGUGGGUUUGGUGAGAGGAAUGGUGGAAGAGGGGAGAGAUUCGGUGGUGGUGGUGGGCGAGAGGACAGAUUUGGAGGUGGCGGGCGUGAAGAUAGAUUCGGUGGAGGUGGAGGACGUGAAGAUCGUUUCGGCGGCUCUUCGUCCGGCGGCCGCGGGGGGUUUGGCUCCGGUGGUCGGAGUGGGGGACGAUAUAGUGGUGGUGGGGGUAGCGAAGGCGGUGGGUGA